AUGGUGGCCAUCUUGGCCGGGCAUCCGUUGGACACGGCGAAAACACGGAUCCAGGCGAUGCCGCGUUUCGACGGCUACGGCACCUGGCGCGUGCUCGCGGAGACGGCACGGCUGGAAGGCCCGUUGGCGCUGUACAAGGGCAUGUCCUUCCCUUUUUACAGCACGGCCCUCUUGACUGCCGUGGUCUUCGGUGUUCAAGGGGUCUCUGACCGCUUAUUGCAGGGCCAGCGCCGGCGGGGGCCCAUGGAGGAGAGAGGGGCGAAGGAAUACUGUCUGUUGGAGCUGAAGUGCCUAGGUGAGGCUGCUGCUGCAGAGAGUGAAGGCCCUGGGAUUCGGCCAAGGCUGCCUGCAAGGAAUGCCCAUCGCAUCACGGCAAGCAAAAGCUGCGUCGAGUAUGGUGUCUACUUCCUGGUCUACGAGGAGUCCAAGCGUUUGCUUGAUCCCCGAGCCCCAGCUGUGCUGUCCACGCUCUUCUCGGGCGGCAUGGCGGGCUGCUUUGCCCUCGGCAUGAUCCACCCGGUGGAUGUCGUGAAGGCCCGUGUUCAAAGCCUUCCAGCCCAGGCUACUGCGGAGCAGCGAAGCACGCGCCACAUCAUCGCAGAAGGCCUGCGGAACGAGGGCGCGGCCUUUUUCCUGCGCGGCUUCAGUGCUGCAAUGCAGCGGGCCUUCGUCGUGAACGCUGCGACCUUCGGCGGCGUGGAGCUGGGAGUGGCUUUGUGGGACCGCAUGUCUGCGAAGGGGACUGCCGUGGCAUGA